GCCGGCCGCCGCGCACGCGCGGCCCGCGCCGACGCAGCACGGCCCUGAGAGCGCGAGCUCGCCGCCGCCGCCGCCGCCGCCGGGCCGGGACCGCUGAGUGCCCGCGGCGUGAGGCGUGGGAGGGAGGCCCGUCGGCCCGCCGGCGGCGCCGCCCCGUCGUCGACUUUCUCGCCGCCCAGCGCCGACCGCGGUCCGAGUUCUCUCUGCUAUAGGAAGAGGAAAGAGAAACCAGGAGUAUUUCCUUUUGAUCAUUGACUUCUUCACAGAGUCAGGAGUCAUUGUGGCCUUCUGAACUAUUGCGGAAACAUGAGAAGAUUCUGUAACUGAGAGUCAUUCUUCAAGCUGCUGGAAAAUAUUGCAGAAGGAACACCUUCCAAAUUUUGCUUCGAGCUCUGAAAAAAAAAGGAGCACACAGGGGAGCCUGGUCCUGCUUGUGGAUGGAAGCAAACCCUGUGGGAGCGAUGAACCAGGACUUAGCGUGCGGACGCCUGGCCUGAUCCCUGUAGGACUGAGUCUAUGUUGUUGGAACUGGCGGGCCGAGAGGCCCUGAGGCCAGCAGGUGCCAUCUGUAUGGAGAAGAGUGGCUGUAGUCCGUUUCCAAUGUGUUGGGCUAAAGAAUAUGACAGAUACCUAGCAUCUAGCAAAAUAAUGGCAGCUGCUUACCUUGAUCCAAACUUGAAUCACACACCGAAUUCCAGUACCAAGACUCACCUGGGUACAGGGGUGGAACGUUCCCCUGGGGCGAUGGAGCGUGUGUUAAAGGUCUUUCAUUAUUUUGAAAGCAACAGUGAGCCAGCUACUUGGGCCAGUAUUAUCAGGCAUGGAGACGCUACUGACGUCAGGGGCAUCAUUCAGAAGAUAGUGGACAGUCACAAAGUAAAGCACGUGGCCUGCUAUGGAUUCCGCCUCAGUCACCUGCGGUCAGAGGAGGUUCACUGGCUCCAUUUGGAUAUGGGUGUCUCCAAUGUGAGGGAGAAGUAUGAACUUGCACACCCACCAGAGGAGUGGAAAUAUGAAUUGAGAAUUCGUUAUUUGCCAAAAGGAUUUCUAAACCAGUUUACUGAAGACAAGCCAACUCUGAAUUUCUUCUACCAACAGGUGAAGAGCGAUUAUAUGUUAGAGAUAGCUGAUCAUGUGGACCAGGACAUUGCCUUGAAAUUGGGUUGUCUGGAAAUACGGCGAUCAUACUGGGAGAUGCGGGGCAACGCACUGGAAAAGAAGUCCAACUAUGAAGUAUUAGAAAAAGAUGUUGGUUUGAAGCGGUUUUUUCCUCGGAGUUUACUGGAUUCUGUCAAGGCCAAAACACUAAGAAAAUUGAUCCAACAAACGUUUAGACAGUUUGCCAACCUUAAUAGAGAAGAAAGUAUUCUGAAAUUCUUUGAGAUCCUCUCUCCAGUGUACAGAUUUGAUAAAGAAUGCUUCAAAUGUGCCCUUGGUUCAAGCUGGAUCAUUUCUGUGGAGCUGGCAAUCGGCCCAGAAGAAGGGAUCAGUUACCUCACAGACAAGGGCUGCAAUCCCACACAUCUGGCCGACUUCAAUCAAGUGCAGACCAUUCAAUAUUCAAACAGUGAAGACAAGGACAGAAAAGGGAUGCUACAGCUAAAAAUAGCGGGGGCACCCGAGCCUCUGACGGUGACAGCGCCGUCCCUGACCAUUGCCGAGAACAUGGCUGACUUGAUAGAUGGAUACUGCCGGCUGGUGAAUGGAGCCACACAGUCUUUCAUCAUCCGACCCCAGAAAGAAGGAGAACGGGCUUUGCCAUCAAUACCAAAGCUAGCCAACAGCGAAAAGCAAGGCGUGAGGACACACGCAGUCUCCAUGUCAGGAGUCAGUCACUGCCAACAUAAAGCCAAGAGAGCUAGGCGCUUUCUCCCUUUGGUCUUCUGUUCCCAUGAAGCUCCUUCGGAUGAAAUUAGUGGGGACGAGACAGACGAUUAUGCUGAGAUUAUAGAUGAAGAAGAUACUUACACCAUGCCCUCAAAAAGCUAUGGGAUAGAUGAAGCCAGGGAUUAUGAGAUUCAAAGAGAAAGAAUAGAGCUUGGACGAUGUAUUGGAGAAGGCCAAUUUGGGGAUGUACAUCAAGGCGUUUAUAUGAGCCCAGAGAAUCCAGCUUUGGCAGUUGCAAUUAAAACAUGUAAAAACUGUACUUCAGACAGCGUGAGAGAGAAAUUCCUUCAAGAAGCCUUAACGAUGCGUCAGUUUGACCACCCUCAUAUUGUGAAGCUGAUUGGAGUCAUCACAGAGAACCCUGUCUGGAUAAUCAUGGAGCUGUGCACACUUGGAGAGCUGAGGUCAUUUCUGCAAGUGAGGAAAUACAGUUUGGAUCUAGCAUCUCUGAUCCUAUAUGCCUAUCAGCUCAGCACAGCUCUUGCAUAUCUCGAGAGCAAAAGAUUUGUGCACAGGGACAUUGCUGCUCGGAAUGUUCUGGUGUCCUCAAAUGAUUGUGUGAAAUUAGGAGACUUUGGAUUAUCCCGAUAUAUGGAAGACAGUACUUACUACAAAGCUUCCAAAGGAAAACUGCCUAUUAAAUGGAUGGCUCCAGAGUCCAUCAAUUUUCGUCGUUUUACCUCAGCUAGUGACGUGUGGAUGUUUGGUGUAUGUAUGUGGGAGAUACUGAUGCAUGGUGUGAAGCCUUUUCAAGGAGUGAAGAACAAUGAUGUGAUCGGUCGAAUUGAGAAUGGGGAAAGAUUACCAAUGCCUCCAAAUUGCCCUCCUACCCUCUACAGCCUUAUGACGAAAUGCUGGGCCUAUGACCCCAGCAGGCGGCCCCGGUUCACUGAGCUCAAAGCUCAGCUCAGCACAAUCCUGGAGGAAGAGAAGGCUCAGCAAGAAGAGCGGAUGAGGAUGGAGUCCAGAAGACAGGCCACAGUGUCCUGGGACUCCGGAGGGUCAGACGAAGCACCACCCAAGCCCAGCAGACCUGGUUAUCCUAGUCCAAGGUCCAGCGAAGGAUUUUAUCCCAGCCCCCAGCACAUGGUACAAACCAAUCAUUACCAGGUCUCUGGCUACCCUGGCUCACAUGGGAUCCCAGCCCUGGCUGGCAGCAUCUACCCAGGUCAGGCAUCUCUUUCGGACCAAACAGAUUCGUGGAAUCACAGGCCACAGGAGAUGUCGGCGUGGCAGUCCAGUGUGGAGGACUCUGCAGCUCUGGACCUUCGUGGAAUGGGGCAAGUGUUGCCACCCCACCUGAUGGAAGAGCGACUGAUCCGACAGCAGCAGGAGAUGGAAGAAGAUCAGCGCUGGCUGGAAAAAGAGGAGAGAUUUCUGAAACCUGAUGUGCGGCUCUCCCGAGGGAGUGUGGACAGGGAGGAUGGAUGUCUUCAGGGCCCGACUGGAAACCAACACAUUUAUCAGCCUGUCGGCAAACCAGAUCCCGCAGCCCCACCAAAGAAGCCCCCGCGCCCCGGGGCCCCCAGCCACCUGAGUGGCCUCGCCAGUCUCAGCAGCCCCGGCGACAGUUACAAUGAAGGUGUCAAGCUGCAGCCCCAGGAAAUCAGCCCCCCUCCCACUGCCAACCUGGACCGCUCCAAUGACAGGGUGUACGAGAACGUGACCGGCCUGGUAAAAGCUGUCAUCGAAAUGUCCAGCAAGAUCCAGCCAGCCCCGCCGGAGGAGUACGUCCCCAUGGUGAAGGAAGUCGGCUUGGCCCUGAGGACGUUACUAGCCACUGUGGACGAGACCAUUCCCGCCCUGCCAGCCAGCACUCACCGAGAGAUUGAGAUGGCCCAGAAGCUGUUGAACUCCGACCUAGGUGAGCUCAUCAACAAGAUGAAGCUGGCCCAGCAGUAUGUCAUGACCAGCCUGCAGCAGGAGUACAAGAAGCAGAUGCUGACCGCCGCUCACGCCCUGGCCGUGGACGCCAAGAACUUACUGGACGUCAUCGACCAGGCAAGACUGAAAGUGCUCGGGCAGCCGCGGCCGCACUGAGCCUGCCUGCGGAGCCCUCCCCCACCCCCCGCUGAGGAGGUCCUACGGCACCCCAGCCGCCAGGAGCCCGCCGUCCUCGGUCGCCAGCACUUAGGGCACCAGCUCUUUUGACUGACAGCUGGUGGAGACUCAUCUUUCUCACAUAAGUUUAACCACAUUUUGAUUUGAGUCUGAUUUUUGCUUUGCCUUGCUUUUUGAAUCAUGGUCUUCAGAAAAGUUCAGGAUCCAAAACGUGGCACUUUUCCAAGAAUGGAAAUUGUACGUGGGGAAGCUUGUAAGAAUCAUGAAGAACAGAUUAUGUUCACAUUAGGGUAUGUUUUUGUGGAAAUGGCCAAGGCAGCGACCCCGCUGGUCCUGAACCAGCCUGGCUGCAGUGGGGAGAACGGGCGAGGCGGAGUCCUGGGGAGCCCGUGGGGCUCAGGGUCCUUUUUCUGCCGCAGAAUCAUUAUCCAGACUGGAAUUUUUGUUGUUGAAACACUCUUCAGUUGCAAUAUGCUAAUACCACUUUACAAAGAAAGAAUAUAAAAGCUGUAUUUUGAAGACAUGAGUCAUUUCAGAAGAACAGCAGCCUGUCUUCCCCGCCUCCACUUCCAUGUGGAUAUGUGGAGCAUUUUGGUUGGAAACUAGCUGUAGAACAACACUAGAAACCUUUCGUCUUUUUCACCAGAAUAAUGUGCCAGUUUUUUGUAACUAUGUUAUUUCUCUUGGAAGCUGAAAUGCUUUGUACGAGAGCACCUCCAGACUGCACUGAGGAGACGUUCUGGAACCAUCCCCAUUUUCCAUUUUUAUAUAAUUUAUAAAGAAAGAUUAAAGCCAUGUUGACUGUUUUACAGCCACUGGAGUUAACUAACCCUUCAUUGUGUCUGUCUUCCCAGGAGAGAAUUAAACAAAGCAGAGAGAUUUGGUUUUCUUCUGAUGUCCGGUUAUACCAUCCAUUCUGUUAAAUAAUUUUGAAAAGUAUACCCUCCCUUUAGUUUGUUGGGGGAUAUAAAUUAUUCUCAGGAAGAAUAUAAUGAACUGUACAGUUACUUUGGCCUAUUAAAAAGGUGUUACCAGUAAAA